ACUGCCUCCGUCCCGUUAAAACCCUGGCAGGCCUCAGAGUACGUUCCCCCCCCGUCGUCGUUAAGUUGGCGUGGUAGGUGUAAGUUGAGAGUACUCCUUCUUUGCGCUGGUCGGCUCUGAACGUAUUGCCUCAUAAGGGCGUACGUCAACCCUCGCCUUGGCCUCGUCACUGAGAUAACCUUGGGACCACAAAAGGCGACUACCUUCCGGGGGACGGAUAGCGGCUCUGAGUGGGGACCCUCUUAGCAUGGACAAGUCAUUCACAAACAAACCAACAAACACAACAAACGGAAAGACGACGAAGGAAGAUGAAGGGACGUCGAAUUCGACACCCGGAUUCGUUCCAGGCGGGGCUGCUGCUCCUGUGGCGACGAAACCGUCGCUGAGUAGCUGCAGCGACAGGACAAAGCCCUCGACAGUAGUCUCCUCAUCAGGCGGAAGAACGGGGGGAGCCGGCGCAAAACCGCCGGCUAAAGAGGUAGUGAAGGGUGGAGCCUUCGUGCACGGCGGAAUCGCUAGCACUAGCAGAGGAACUUCUGCUAGAAUUACGAAGGGGUCCACGGGGGCCACUAGCAGGGGAGCUUUAGCUAGGAAGCUGAAGUCGGACCGUCGACUGGCGGCAAAAAUUGUAGAACGCUACGAUGGUAAGCAUGCUGGUCAGGUGUCUGAGCAGCAUGCAAACACGCUCGAAUGGGCUAAGAGGAUUCUGAGUGAGAGCGAGACCGAUAGGUCACGACUUGAAACGAAGAUACCUGAACCAGCGGUUAAGCGGCAAAGGUCGCAUGAGGGAGAAACCUCCCUUGGUAAGAAACCGCGAACGGGGGCUGCGCCAACUUUUAGCGAAAUUGCUAAAAGCGCUGGCGCUAGAGUACUUGGUGUGCUCGACCGUAGCAGGGAGGACGGUGCCAUCUCCCACGAAGAGUGGAAGAGAGUAGCGGCGGCUAUCUCUUCAGUCUUCCUCAAGGUGGUUAAGGGAAAUCCGGGGCCACCCCCAAAAUGUGUAAGUGCCGGUUGGCACCAUGGGCUGCACAAGCUGACAAGGUGUGCCGAUGAAAGAUCGGCCAUCUUAUAUAAGGAGGCAGUAUCUCAGGUGGGGGAGGUGUGGAAGGGAGCCAGACUGGAGGCCGUGGACAAAGCGGACCUUCCGCUUCGCCCUAGAGCUCGCGUCUGGUUGCCGGCUGAACCUUCCACUGCAAAUGAGAUUGAGGAAAUCCUCAAGUACUGCAACCCCUCACUUCCCACGCAUGACUGGAGGGUUAUAAGGCUGGAGAGAACCGAUGAACCAUAUCGGCAGGCAUUGAUAAUGCUUAACGAGGAGUCCAUCGGUCCUCUCAGUAAAACCAAGGGAGCCAUCAGCUAUGGUUUCGAAAUGGUGGUGCUAAAGGUACUCCCAACGAAUACCAGGGCGGAUGGCACCCAAGCUGCAGAUGCGGGGGAGAGGGCGGACGGCGUUAGCGAUGGUCAAACGACCAUGGAAAAUGACCCAAACCUCUCGGACGUGGCGAGUUCUGGAGGCGGUUCGUCGAUUGGCGAUUCCGUCUUCAGCCUCGAACAGCUGUUCGAGGAGGUGAGGGUCGACCACGACAUGAGUGCUGAACUGGCGCUCCUAGAGGAGAGUCUGGGGGAUGAAAUUCCUCCAGAUUAAUCUCCAACACUCAAAGGCGGCCUCCGCCAAUCUACUGCUUCGUCUGGAGCAAGACGAAGCCGAUGUCGUCCUAAUCCAGGAACCGUGGCUGACUAGUAGCGGGAUCUCUGGCUUGAGGACGAAGAGCCAUAAGCUGCUGGCGACCAACGAUCAAUGCUGACAUAGUAACAGCAAAACUGGAAUGCGAUACCGGAAAUGUCUGGAUCAUCUCUGCAUAUAUGCCGCAUGAUGAUGCGGUGGAACCGCCUCCCGCACUGCUAAGGAGAACC